AUGUCCAGCAGCGAAACCGAGACACCUACCACAACAACUGCUGGAGACAUCACCACAACCACCGAGGCUGCCACCACUAGCUCAGCAGCUUCGAUCUGUACUCCUCCCGAGGGAACAGUCUGCGGGAGACAAGGCUACCGUACCACGAACAGCGGCCAGUUGGGACAAGGCAGUGCCGGAACACUGGAUGAGUCCUGCGAGAUGUGGUCUGAGAUCCCAGGAUUUGAUGAUUCGGAGACAAGUUUUAAGUGGUAUCAGCCUGCAUGCUUGUGCCUAGAUGAUGCUGCGCCUACGAAUUAA